AAUUCCUCAUGUAGCUGUGGUACGGAGUUUGUAGCAAACUCUUAAUAUAUCAAAAUGGCAAAUAUAAUUAGAAUAUAACUUGGAAAAAGAAAAAAAAAAUACAAUUAUUCUUUGAUCAGUUUCUGAGUUGAGCAAAAAUGGCUACUGCAGUGAUUACUUCUCUACCACAAUUCAGUGGUCUCAGACUCAAACCAGCAUCAGCUUCCCCUGUCAAAAGCUUGGUAGCAGCUCAACCGAUGAAGCAUAAAGGGCAGGGAGCUUUGGGCGCACGCUGUGAUUUCAUUGGCUCCCCAACAAAUCUGAUAAUGGUGACCUCAACAAGUCUGAUGCUGUUUGCCGGUCGGUUCGGUUUGGCUCCAUCUGCAAACAGGAAGGGUACUGCAGGAUUAAAGCUUGAGGUGAGGGACUCCGGGCUGCAAACAGGGGAUCCAGCUGGUUUCACCCUAGCAGAUACGCUGGCUUGUGGGGUUGUGGGUCACAUUAUUGGGGUUGGGGUUGUAAUUGGCCUCAAGAACAUUGGUGCCAUCUAAACAAAACAUAUUUUGUGUUAAUUCCAUCAGUAUUCAUUUGGCUUCAUCUUAUUCCAUAUAUCAUAAGACGUUAUCGUAUAAUUUGGUCUA